AAACGACUGCAACAAUUGUUCCUUUUUUCGUAAAUUUGUCCUUGUUUGGCGCUUUUGUACAAAGCAAUGGAAUCUGGUCCCAAUGGGAUAAAAGUUGAACCGACACUUGAACAACAACAUCUACAGCAGCAGCACCAGCAACAACAGCAGCAGCAUCAUCACCAUCAGCAGUAUCCCACCAAUCUGCUAGCUCUCAAUGGCUCGAAUGCACGCUUACUUAUCGAUCAUCCGCUGUUAGUACCGCUGUCGCAUCAUGAACAACAAUUACAACAACAGCUACAGUUGCAGCAGCAGCAUCAACAUCAGCAACAACUCCAGCAACACCAUCUACAACAGCAACAGUUGCAACAGCAUUUAGCUUCUCAACAGCAGCAACAACAACAGCAGCAGCAACAGGCGGAUCAACAGCAGCAGCAACAGUUACAACAAUUGCAACAGCAUCAACAGUUGCAGCAAUUAACUGCCGUCUAUCCACAGCCGUUGUCGCUUAAACAACAACCCCUUCCUACACCAAUUGUUAGUAAUGCAGUUGCCAGUGUUGGUGCCCCGGUCGGCGCUGGCACAGGCGGUGUAACUACCACAGCCUUGGGCCCGGCCUCUGUCACAUCUUCAACCUCAUCGGCUGUUCGACAUCGUUGGAAUGAAAGUCCCGAAGCUAGAGCUCGACGCCUAGCACGCAACGCUGAACGAAUGCGGGAACGACGUAACCGCGAAACAGAAGAAGAAUAUCGCAAGCGGCUGGCCCGCAAUGCCGAAGCCAAUCGCCUACGUAGACAAAACGAAAACGAAAUGGAGCGGGCAAUGCGCCUAGUACGUAAUGCCGCCCGACAGCGUCUGCGUCGCGCCAUGGAAUCUCCCGACCAGCGGUCCAAACGACUGAUCAAACUUGCCGAACGUAUGCGUAUGUAUCGAGCCAAUGAGACUCCCGAACAGAGGAAAAUACGGCUGGCCGAGAUGGCAUCACGGGCCCGUCAACGUAUUGCCAAUGAAUCGCCGGAAUCGCGUAAGGAACGACUGAAAAAACUCAAUGAAUAUGCAAGAAAGGUCAGAGAAAAGAAAAAAAAUUUAAAAACUGGCGCGGCGCAGACUCCGAAUUCCAUCCAGAAUUCGAAUACGACGACGCAAAGCGCUACAAAUAAUUGUAAUAAUGACUCUUUAAAUCUAAAUCAUCAGGCACCAGCAUCUGCAUCGACAACAAGCGGAACCACAACAACACCGGGCAGUGGUGGUGGUGGAGGCGCAGCUGGAACAAAUGGUAGCGGCAAUUCUGCAACGCCAACCGGCAAUGAGGAGCUCUCCCGGCAAGGUAGCGCCAAUGGAACUGCUGGAGGUGGAGGAGAUCCACAUCAAUUAGCUGCAUCAUAUCAACAGGCUGCCGUCCUGGCUGCCAAUCCCAUUGAAUACUAUCAGAAUAUGUUCAUUAAUCCAACAACGUUACGCACAGGUAGUGCCACCAUCUUGAAGCAGGAACCACAAACACAACCACAACAACAAUCUAAUAGUAGCCUACAACAAAAUCGCUUUGGCACACCACACCAACAGCAAACGGGGGGUGGAGGUGGAGCCGUAGGUGGUGCCAGUUUGCUUGUCGAUUCGGAGGCAUCAAAUCUCUUUUCACAGCAUCUGUACGAUGAGGCAUCACAAAAGGUAUCCAUUAAACUGCCACAAACAGCAGCUAAUGUUCCUCAUUUCAGCACAAUCGCUAGCUCAUUAGAUUUAUAUCAACAACAGAAUAAGUAUGCUAAGAAGCAGGAGCUUCAACAGGUGGGUAUGGUGUCGAACACAAACAACAACUCACCAAGCAGUAAUAUCAACAACAGCGGGUCUGUUGGAGGAGUCUCUAGCGCUGCCAGUCAAAAUGAGAAAAACGAGGGACAAAAACUGAAGACAACACAUCCACAAAUACAAAAUCCUCCCACACCACUCUACAAUCAAUUUCCAUAUUUGGCCACAUUUCCAGCGGCUGCCACAGCAGCUGCAGUAGCAAAUACCACAGUUGCAGUUACCACACCGCCGAAUACACCAACACAAACGGCUCCCGCUGCUGCUUACUAUCCCAUGUAUCAUAAUGGCUUUCAGUUGGGCAUAGCACCGAAUACCGUACCGCCACCAUUUACUCCGGUACAUUUUACCACAGCAUCGAAUGCAGUGGGAGGAUCCACGACGGGAUCAUCGCCACCUAAUUCGGCCAGUCAACAACAACAGCCGCAGCAGCAGCAACAACAGGCACAACAGCAGCAGACACAUGUUAUACAGGAUUUUCCAAAAGCGGUCCGCGGUCGUCCUAGAAAGCUGAUAUUUAACAACAACAGUAAAGAUCCAUUGAAUAUGUCGCCGGACGAUAUACUCCUGCAACAGCAUCAACAGAAAAUGAGUGCAUUGCUGGAGCAAGAGAUCAAUCAAAUGUUAGCCUCACCACAGUUGACACAGCGACGCGGACGUGGUCAAUCAUAUCAGCAGUUGCAACAACAACAGCAUCAGCAGCAGCAACAACAACAACAACAAGAUCAACCACAACAGCAACAACAUUCCCAACUAUUACCCAUGCCGCGUAAACUCAAAUACGAAAACGACGAAGAAAAACGCAAACGCUUGGAAAAAAUGGCCGCCCAUCAACGUGCUCUGCGUGCCAAUGAAACGCCUGAACAACGGGCAGUGCGUCUACAAAAGUUAAGCGAACGUGCGCGUCAAAAACGCGCGGAAAUACGUGCCACCGAAACACCCGAGGAACGGAAAAUUCGCCUUGCCAAACAGGCGGAAUAUGCACGAAUGCGUCGCCUUCGGACACACACACCCCAUUAUAAUCGUGUUAAACUGGAAAACGAUACAGCUGGCGGUGGUAGUCGCGGUGAUGCUGCGUCACCCUCAACGGAUCUUUACGGUUCAACUGGUGGUGCCUCAACAAAUGGCUACGAUACCAAAAAUAAUAUAUCGGCUGAUUUACACAGCGCAGGGAGUUUAAGUGGUGGCAGCUUAUCGCAGGAGAGUAGUCCUUCAAAUAGUCAGGAUCAUCAAUUACAACAGCAGCAACAACAACACAGCAACAACAACAAUAAUAAUAAUUUUUUAAAACAGCAACAAGGCAAGGAUUUUAAUAAUCAAACAAAUUCAACAAAUCAACCGGAAAACAAUAACGACAUGUUAAAAAUUCUCGAACCCAUAAUUGUUAUGAAAACAAAAUAA